AACGCACCGGAGGUCCAUACCCGGGAAGACGCCCUCUGCGGUGGGAGGGAGACAUCGUCGCCAUGCCUCCCUCCGGGCCCCGCGCUGCCCUCCUCCUGUCGCCGCUGCUAUUGCUGCUGAGCACUGUUCUGGCCGUGCCCCUGGAGCGGGGGCCGCCCAAGAAGGAGGAGAACCCCGCCACCGAGAGCCCCGACACAGGCCUGUAUUACCACCGGUACCUCCAAGAGGUUAUCAACGUGCUGGAGACCGAUGGGCACUUCCGGGAGAAGCUGCAGGCCGCCAACGCAGAGGACAUAAAGAGCGGGAAGCUGAGCCGUGAGCUGGACUUCGUCAGCCACCAUGUCCGCACCAAGCUGGACGAACUCAAGCGACAGGAGGUGUCGCGGCUGCGGAUGCUGCUGAAGGCCAAGAUGGACGCUGAACAGGAGCCCAAUGUGCAGGUAGAUCACCUGAGCCUUCUGAAGCAGUUUGAACACUUGGACCCUCAGAAUCAACACACCUUUGAGGCCCGGGACCUGGAGCUGCUGAUUCAGACGGCCACCCGGGACCUCGCUCAGUACGACGCCGUCCAUCACGAAGAGUUCAAGCGCUAUGAGAUGCUCAAGGAACACGAGAGGCGCCGUUAUCUGGAAUCCCUGGGAGAGGAGCAACGGAGGGAGGCAGAGAAGAAGCUGGAAGAGCAACAGCGCCGGCACCGAGAGCACCCCAAAGUUAAUGUACCUGGCAGCCAAGCCCAGUUGAAGGAGGUGUGGGAGGAGCUGGACGGACUGGACCCCAACAGGUUUAAUCCCAAGACGUUCUUCAUACUGCAUGAUAUCAACAGCGAUGGCGUUUUGGAUGAGCAGGAGCUGGAGGCUCUCUUCACCAAGGAGUUGGAGAAGGUGUAUGAUCCAAAGAACGAGGAGGAUGACAUGCGGGAAAUGGAGGAGGAGCGACUGCGCAUGCGAGAGCACGUGAUGAAGAAUGUGGACACCAAUCAGGACCGCCUGGUGACCCUGGAGGAGUUCCUGGCCUCCACCCAGAGGAAGGAGUUUGGAGACAAUGCCGAUACCUGGGAUACAGUGGAGACGUACCCUGCCUACACCGAGGAGGAGCUGAGGCACUUUGAGGAGGAGCUGGCCGCCCGGGAGGCCGAGCUCAAUGCCAAGGCCCAGCGUCUCAGCCAGGAGACGGAGGCUCUGGGCCGCUCCCAAGGCCACCUGGAGGCCCAGAAGAGAGAGCUGCAGCAGGCCGUUCUGCAAAUGGAGCAGCGGAAACAGCAGCAGCAGCAACAACAACAACAACAGGCCCCCAACGCCGCCGGCCCUGAGGGGCAGCUCAGGUUCCAGCCCAACACAGAUGACGUGCCGGUCCCAGCUCCCGCCAAUGACCAGAAGGACACAGAUGCUUCAGAAAAGAAAGUUCCAGAGCAGCCUCAGCUGGACCCCAAGACCUUGUGA